AUGGUGAAGAAAGUCAUGGCGACAUGUUGGCAAACAGAAACUGGCAAGCGCCGUGAGCCAACUCAGUGUGCACUCAGAUGGAGAGGGACUGCCUCCCACCACCGAGCAUGCUCCGCCCCACACAGUCAGGCCGAGCCCCCACCACCAGAAAGCCACCGGGCCCACAGGGGCGGGCAGCACCAAGACAAGCCCCCUAAGAGCCAGCCCACAGAGCCCUCCCCACCGGGAAAACCAGCAAGGGGCCGCAGAUUGCCCAUCCCAACCAGAAACAGGGUGCCGGCAGGCCGGAAGACAGCCAACCCCGAGACCGGCGAGAGAUCACACCCCACCCGCACACCGGAGCACUACCCCGGCACUAGACCUGGGGGAGGCAAAGACGUGGACAGCAGCCCAGCAAAGCACAAAGACCGGCGGCGAAAAACGCCCAAGCGCCCGGCAGAGCACCACACCCUGGCAGACCCGGCCCCAGGGCACAUGCUCCCCCCCCUUCACCCAGGCCCACAGUUCCCACGAGCAAGACCAAGCCCCACCCCACGGCCCAGGUCAGUCCAAGGGAAGCACCGCAAGCUGCCCCUUCCGGCACAAGCCCCGGCAUCAACUGGCCCCAACGGGCCACCCUAG